UAGCAGCCGCUGAGUGAGAGAGAGCGUGACUUUCAUGGGCCGGACUCCGAGAGGCGUCUGGGUCGAGGGCGGUCCCCACCUACCGGAGCCGUGGGAGGCCGAUCCCGUGGUGGUGGACCAUAGAGAUGCGCGUCCAGCCGGCUCUGGGUUGCGAGGUGAGAGAGCGGCUGUCGGCGGGAGCCGGUGGAAGUGCGGCUGCAGGGAGCUGGAGGUAAAAGUUUCUCGGGCCACAGGAUGAGCGGACCUGGGCGGUGGGCACCCGUGCGAGGAGGUGCUGAAUGGAGCACGCCGACGAGUGGGGCCCCGGCGCAUCUCAGUGGCCCCCCGGCGCUUCAUCCGCGUCACCGCUCUGUGCCCCGCCCGGGUAUCCGCUGCCUCUCCUCUGGGCGACGGUCGUGACGAAGCACCACCCCGAGCUUUGCAGGUUACUCGAUGCCUGACCCGUCCUCUGGCUCUUGGGAUCCGGCUCCUGCCACACACAUUAGACGCUUUCGCCGCUUCCAUUUACAGAGAGGAGAGCUGAGGCCCCGAGAGGCGAGGCGACUGCAUUUGUUCAAGCCCCCACGCAUUUAAGAGGCCAUAGCACAGAAGCCAAUGGUGAUGACCGACCCUGUGUUGGAGUCUCAGCCAGCCAACACCACUGAAGAGAUGGAUGGACUGUGCCCUGAGCUAUUGCUGAUUCCCUCACCUCUCUCUAACCGUGGCAUUCUGAGCCCCAUCCAGAGCUCCUGUGUUUCUGGGGACCCUGCGCCUUUGCCUGCUGACCCAGGCUGCCUCCUGGUAGAGGCCACAUCUACUGAAGCAGGCCCAGAGAACAUGGAAAUCAUUGUGGAAACAGUAGCUGAAACUUUGUCACCAGGAGCUUCUGGAGAGACCCCAGGUGUCCUGGUAAAGGUGGUGGAGGUAUACUUCUGUGAGCGCUGUGAACAGAGCUUUUCAGAGCCUACCCUGCUGUCGCUGCACCAGUGCACUGAGACCCAUAUGCAGCCUGUGCAGGACCUCUCUAGCCCCCUGUGCUCUGCAGAGCUGCCCCCCAGCAACUCCACCCUCCAUGGCACUCUACAGGAACCCAGCUUGCCAGAUAGUCCCCUGCCAUGUCCUGUGUGUAGACAAGAGUUUGUCCAACCCCAGGCCCUGAAGAGCCACUUCAAGAUUCACCGGGCCAUUCCCAGUACAUUCUCCUGCCCAGAAUCUGACUGUGUGUUCUCUGCUGAAGAUCGCAAGGGUCUGCAGCACCACCUGAGGCAGACCCACAAAGCAGUGCCCGUCCCCUGUUCAUUCCGGGGCUGCUCCCUGCUUUUUGGGAGCCAGCAGGGAAUGGAGCUGCACCGGCAGGCCCAUUACCCUUUCCACUGCAGCCACUGCAGCUUCAUGGGCUCCAACGUCAAACUCUUCCGGCAGCAUCAGCGGACCCAUGGGGCAAGGACACAGGGAGAACUUUCUGCUGUUCAGGGCUUUCCAUCCCAGGAGCUGCUGCCAGCUGCCCAAGUGCCUCCAGGAGAAGAUCCUUCCAAGAAAGCAGGCACACCUUUGGCUCAACAGGAAUCAGCUCAGGAGGAAGAUGUGGAAGAGGAGAGCGGCAGCCGGCAAGCUGUCCAGAAAGCUCCGGGCGAAGGCCAGCAGGACCAGCAGUUAGAAGGGGAUGUGACAUCUAGCACUGAGUCCUUCUUCAAGACACACAUGUGCCCAGAGUGUAAGCGCUGCUUUAAGAAGCGGACCCAUCUAGUAGAGCACCUCCACCUCCACUUCCCAGACCCGAGCCUCCAGUGUCCCAACUGCCAGAAGUUCUUCACCAGCAAGAGCAAACUGAAGACCCAUCUGCUGCGGGAGCUAGGCGAGAAGGCCCACCGCUGCCCCCUGUGUCACUACAGUGCCGUGGAGAAGAAUGCCCUCAACCGCCACAUGGCCAGUAUGCAUGAGGACAUUUCCAACUUCUACUCAGACACGUAUGCCUGUCCCGUCUGCCGGGAGGAGUUCCGCCUCAGCCAGGCCCUCAAGGAGCACCUCAAGAGCCACGCAGCAGCAGCUGCCGCAGAGCCCUUGUCCCUACACUGCUUUCAGGAGGGCUGCAGUUACGCAGCCCCUGACCGCAAGGCCUUCGUAAAGCACCUCAAGGAGACCCACGGGGUGCGGGCUGUGGAGUGCCGCCAUCAUUCGUGCCCCAUGCUCUUUGCCACAACUGAAGCCAUGGAGGCCCACCACAAGAGCCACUAUGCCUUCCACUGUCCCCACUGUGACUUUGCCUGCUCCAACAAACACUUGUUCCGCAAACAUAAGAAGCAAGGCCACCCAGGCAGUGAGGAGCUCCGGUGCACCUUCUGCCCCUUUGCCACCUUCAACCCUGUUGCCUACCAGGACCACGUGGGCAAGAUGCACGCGCAUGAGAAGAUCCACCAGUGCCCCGAGUGCAACUUUGCCACCGCCCACAAGAGGGUGCUUAUCCGACACAUGCUAUUGCAUACUGGUGAGAAACCUCACAAGUGUGAACUGUGUGACUUCACGUGCCGAGAUGUGAGCUACCUAUCCAAGCACAUGCUGACCCACUCCAACACCAAGGAUUACAUGUGCACUGAGUGUGGCUAUGUCACCAAGUGGAAGCACUACCUGAGUGUGCACAUGCGAAAACACGCAGGGGACCUCAGAUACCAGUGCAACCAGUGCUCCUAUCGCUGCCAUCGGGCUGAUCAGCUAAGCAGCCAUAAGCUGCGACACCAGGGCAAGUCCCUGAUGUGUGAGGUGUGUGCCUUUGCCUGCAAGCGGAAGUAUGAGCUGCAGAAACACAUGGCUUCUCAGCACCACCCGGGCACACCUGCCCCACUGUACCCUUGCCGCUACUGCAGCUAUCAGAGCCGCCACAAGCAGGCUCUGCUGAGCCACGAGAACUGCAAGCACACCCAUCUCCGUGAGUUCCAUUGCGCCCUCUGUGACUACCGUGCCUUCAGCAACACCACGCUCUUCUUCCAUAAGCGAAAGGCCCAUGGCUACAUGCCUGGGGACCAAGUCUGGCAAUUCCGUCAUGCCAGCCAAGAGCCAGAGGGGGUCAGGGAAUGCUUGGUACCUCCACCAGACCCAGAGCCUUCAGGCCAGCAGCCAGCCCAGCUUGAGGGACCAGACCAUGAGCAUGGGAUUGUGGCAAAUGCAAGUUUGGACCAGGCCCCGCCAGAGGCAAGUGACAAGGUCAGCACUGGAAGACAGGAUGAAAGCAAGGCUCCUCAUGGGGAUGACUCAGUUGGCAACCCCAGCCCAAUGGAAGUGGAAGAAGGUGGGUGCACACUCCACUUAGAGGCUCUGGGAGUAGAGCUGGAACCUGUGGCUGAACCACCCCUUGGGGGGCUCACUGAAACAGCUGUGGAGUUCAGGCCUCUGGAUCCCUCAGGACAACUGGGACUAGAAGGGACAGAUGGGUUGGAAGAGCCAGAAUUGACCAGUUUUGAAGGUGUUGGGACUUCUGGCUUGGAUGCUGAAGAAGAGCCCAUCCUGGAGAAGCCAGUUCCCGAGACCCCCAGAAAUCCUCCAUCAGAAGAGGCCCCUAACACCUUCAAGGCGACUCUGGCUGCUGAGACAGUCCCCCUGCCCCAGUUCCCUGAGUCAGAGUCAUUACUCAAGGCCCUAAGGAGGCAGGACAAAGAACAGGCAGAGGCACUGGUGCUAGAGGGGCGAGUGCAAAUGGUAGUGAUCCAGGCGGAAGGGCAAGCCUUCCGUUGCCCACACUGCCCUUUUAUCACUCGCCGGGAGAAGGCCCUGAAUCUGCAUUCUAAAUCGGGGUGCCAGGUCCGCAGAGAACCUCUGCUAUGUCCUGAGUGUGGAGCUUGCUUUAAACAACAACGUGGCCUCAGCACCCAUCUGCUGAAGAAGUGCCCUGUCCUGUCCCGAAAGAACAAGGGCUUGCCCAGACCAGCUUCCCCCGCCUCUCUCAGUCCUCAGCUCCCAGGUCGUCAGGCCUCAGAGGAUGCUCAACAUGGGAAGCUUCCACCCGUACCUUCGGAAGGAGAGCAGCUGUUGCCAAAAGACAGGGAACCAGGAGAAAUAGAGGAGCCUCUGGCCACACCCUCUGGUUCCCCAUCCCCUCCUACAGGAAGCUCAUCACCCACAGAGACCCCUGAGAAGUUCCACUUUAAGCUGGGCAAGUUUCAUUGCAAUUCGUGCACAUUCCUUUGUUCUCGGCUCUCCUCGAUUACCUCUCAUGUGGCUGAAGGCUGCCGAGGGGGUCGUGCCCGAGGAGGAAAGCGAGGACCCCACCAGACCCAGCCUGGUGUGUCUCCCAUAAGCAGUGGGGACGCUGCUCCCUUGAGUGAAGGGAGGACAGAGUCCAGCCCUGGUGAUGGGGAUACUGUGGCUCAGAAGCCUAAGCGGGCCCUUUUCUCCUGCCCCAGGUGCCCUUUCAGCUGUCAGCAGGAACGGGCCCUGAGGACUCACCAGGCCCAGGGCUGCCCCCUGCGGAAGUCUGGGGAGCUGCGCUGUGGUCUCUGCCCUUUUACUGCUCCUGCUGCUGCAGCUCUGAGGCUCCAUCAGAAGCGCAGGCAUCCCAGUGCGGCCCCCAGCCCCCGGCCCCCUCUGCAGUGUGGGGACUGUGGAUUUACCUGCAAGCAAAGCCGGUGCCUACAGCAGCACCGGCGGCUCAAGCAUGAGGGGGUGAAGCCGCAUCAGUGCCCUUUCUGUGACUUUUCUACCACUAGACGGUACCGGUUAGAGGCGCACCAGUCCCGACACACAGGUGUUGGGCGCAUCCCUUGCAGCUCCUGUUCCCAGACAUUUGGUACCAACUCAAAACUGCGUUUGCACAGACUGCGGGUGCAUGACAAAACACCCACCCAUUUCUGUCCACUCUGUGACUAUAGUGGCUAUCUUCGCCAUGAUAUCACUCGCCAUGUCAACAGCUGCCACCAGGGCACUGCAUCCUUUUCUUGCUCUCAGUGUGAGGCCCAGUUCAGCUCAGAAACAGCACUUAAGCAACAUGCUCUGCGCAGACACCCUGAGCCCACACAUCCUACCUCUGGCUCUCCUCCAGAGGCCACCAGCAGCCCCCUCCACUGCCCCCACUGUGGCCUACUGUGUCCCAGCCCUGCCAGCCUGCGAGGACACACCCGCAAACAGCACCCCCGGCUGGAGUGUGGGGCCUGCCAGGAGGCGUUCUCCAGCCGGCCGGCGCUGGAUGAGCACCGGAGGCAGCAGCAUUUCAGCCACCGCUGCGAACUCUGUGAUUUUGCUGCUCGGGAGCGGGUGGGCCUGGUGAAGCACUACCUGGAACAGCAUGAGGAGCCUUCAGCAGCAGCCUCAGGUGGGGAUGGAGGGGCUGCACAGCCCCCUCUGCACUGCCCUUUCUGUGACUUCACAUGUCGCCAUCAGCUGGUGCUGGAUCACCACGUGAAGGGACAUGGGGGCACCCGGCUCUACAAAUGUACUGACUGUGCUUACAGCACCAAGAACCGGCAGAAGAUCACCUGGCACAGCCGCAUUCACACCGGGGAAAAGCCUUACCACUGUCACCUCUGCUCCUAUGCCUGUGCUGACCCUUCCCGCCUCAAGUACCACAUGCGGAUCCACAAGGAGGAACGGAAGUACCUGUGCCCUGAGUGUGGCUACAAGUGCAAAUGGGUGAAUCAGCUCAAGUACCACAUGACCAAGCACACAGGACUGAAGCCAUACCAGUGCCCUGAGUGUGAGUACUGCACCAACCGGGCUGAUGCACUUCGUGUGCACCGUGAGACACGGCACCGGGAGGCACGGGCUUUCAUGUGUGAGCAGUGCGGCAAGGCCUUCAAGACGCGCUUCUUGCUGCGCACGCACCUGCGCAAGCACAGUGAGGCCAAACCCUACGUUUGCAAUGUGUGCCACCGCGCUUUCCGCUGGGCUGCCGGCCUGCGCCAUCAUGCCCUCACCCACACUGACCGGCACCCAUUCUUCUGCCGCCUCUGCAGCUACAAGGCCAAGCAGAAGUUUCAGGUGGUCAAGCAUGUACGCAGACACCACCCUGACCAGACUGACCCCAACCAGGGUGUGGGCAAAGACCCCACCACGCCCACAGUGCACCUGCAUGAUGUGAAGCUGGAAGAUCCUGGCCCUCCUGCUCCUGCCAUUCCCCUUACGGGACCUGAGGGCUGAGCUCCUGCCCCACCUCCCAGACAGGAAGAACACUGUUCCAAGAUGUGCCAAUGGACUUGAGCUAGUCUAAAGAAGGACUGGCUUUGUGGUGUCAUAGUUCUUUGAAAUUGACAGCUAUAUAAAAGACAUGAAUCAAACAUUGAUUUCUUCUUGAGGAGCACUGUGUUUUUUUUUAAUCUGUGAGUCAAUUUCCUUAACAUUAUCGCCCCAAUCCCCAGCUAUAAGAUCUUGGCUUUAUUCACUACUCCUCUUGCUGUAUCAAGUCUUACUUUCAACAUCAUCAAAACAGUUGUAUCUAACUGCAUGUGCUAUUGUACUUAAUUCUGUAUAAAGCAUGUUGAACAGAAUGAU